UCCCCCGGCCCGGACAGGGGACGGAGGUUGCAAUGGCUGCAGCUGCUUUUGCAAAAGGCGCCGGGCUCUGCAGCGCGAAGCUCCCGCGGCCGCUGCUCCGCACCCAGCGCGCGUUUGCAAGCGGCGGAGGCGGCGCGCCCGGGCGGAGGCAGCAGUGCCAGCAAGUUCCUGCGGAGCCGAGGCUGACUCGCACGUGGCAGCAGGAUGGGAUCAGGAACAUUGUUUUGAACAAUCCUCUCAAGAGAAAUGCGCUUUCGCUCUCCAUGAUACGUUCCCUCCGUGAGGAUAUUCUGCACGAUAUUGAAAGCACCGAUCUGAGAGUCAUUAUAAUUUCAGGUAUUUUGCUCAUCAAACCUAUGAGGGUAGGAGAAGGUCCCGUUUUCUCUUCUGGGCACGACUUGAAGGAACUGGCGUUUGAGAAGGGUGAGAAGCACCACAGAGAAGUCUUUGAGACCUGCUCUGAGGUCAUGACGUUGCUCCCCAAACUACCUGUCCCUGUAAUCGCCAAAGUCAACGGCUUGGCCACGGCCGCCGGCUGCCAGUUGGUGGCCAGCUGCGAUAUCGCUGUGGCCAGCGAGAAAUCCAGGUUCGCCACACCGGGAGUGAACGUCGGCCUGUUCUGCUCGACGCCUGGAGUGGCCCUGGGGAGAUCUCUCCCGAGAAAGGUUGCGAUGGAGAUGCUGUUGACAGGAGAGGCCAUGACCGCUCAGGAGGCCCUUCUGCACGGGCUCCUCAGCAGGGUGAUCCCAGAGGACAAGCUGGAAGAGGAGACCCUGAGAAUCGCCCGCAGGAUAUGCGAGAGCAGCCGGUCUGUCGUGGCUCUGGGCAAAUCUACCUUUUACAAGCAGAUGGAGCAGGACGUCGGCGCUGCCUACAGAACGGCCUCCCGGGUCAUGGUGGAGAACCUGGCCCUGCAGGAUGGGCAGGAGGGGAUCAAGGCCUUUGUCUCCAAACGCAAGCCGGCCUGGUCGCAUUCCUGAACCGAAACCUCCCAUGGGAUGCCCAUCCUCUUUUAAGAGCCAAAUCGAUAGAGAUCGUCGUAGCUGGUGCCUUCCCUCUCUGAAAAUCCUAGGGGCUAGCAUCUUCUUAAAUGCUAUCCCUUGAUUAUACAACAGGUCCGCCUUCGAAAAUGACCGUCUGCCUGACACACAUUGAUCUGUUAAUCUGUAGAGGUGCAGUACCAAACAGGAAAGUAUCAAAACAAAGUGGAUUUUAAUUCAGGCUGCUUUCGAUGCUAUGUAGAUAUAGGGAUAUAAAGAACUGCCUUGACACUGAGCCAGACCAUUCAGCCAGUACUCUCGCAGGCAGCCUCUUUCUUCUUC